UCCGUGAGUAGGUUUUAAGUUAAAAACCUGUGUGACUGCGGCUGUUAGCGCGUCAAAAGGGAAACCUUUGUGACUGCGGCUGUUUAGCGCGUCAAAAGGAGAGCCUUUGUGACUGCGGCUGCUAGCGCGUCAAAAGGGAAACCUUUGUGACUGCGGCUGUUUAGCGCGUCAAAAGAAAAGCCCUGAGGAUUCUAGACCCUAUCAGGCAAGAGAAUAAUUCGGGUGGGACGGGGGAAUCCCCUUUUAGUGAGACUAAAAGUUAAAACCCCAUGGUAAAUUAGUAGGCCUCAAAAGUGUGCGAAAAAGACGUCUGUAAAUAAGUAAAUAAAAGUGUGAAUGAUUGUGUGAGUGAACGGAGACAGAAAUACCAUUUGGUAUUUUUUCUCAUACCAAAGCAGUGGGAAAGAAAGCAAUAAACCUUACAGGAAGCAAAGGCAAGAAUUCUCCACUCGAAAGAGUUGAAGUGAGAAUUACCUGGAAAGGUAUUUUAAUUAUUGCCCCACUGAUAACAUCCCAACGUUUAGAACACCCUAGGUGUUAACCCAGCGUUGGACCAAAACACAUAAAAAACAGCUCCAGUAUGGGCAAGAGUCAAAGUAAGCCCAAAACUAGGGAGGAUUUACAAUGUAAAGAUUGGAAGUAUAUAGAAAAACAGGAUCCUGAUAAAAUAAAAUAUUUGGAUAAAUGGGUAAAAGAUUACGGGUUUAAUGGUAAACUAAACAUCAAAAGAAUUAAGCUACUACAGGAAACAAUACAAAACAACACUAACAAAGAUCCUAAAAAGAUGAAAAAAUCAGGUUAUGAAGAAACCAAAUAUUGGAUAAAAGUAGCUGAAAAACGUGAAGCUGGAGAAAGAGACAGAAAAAACAGGGAAAAAAUAGGAGAAGUAGAUGAGAAAACUGAAAAAAAACAACAAGUAAUGUUUCACAGACAGGAGGAUGAUGAGACAGGGCCGGUAGGAAGAAGGGCAGAACAGAGAAAUGAGGAAGGUGCCUCAGGGGGACUUCCUCCUACAGCUCGACUAUACCCUGAUAUUCCCCAAGAGGAACCCCCUGAGUAUGAUACCACGCCUCCCAGAACACUAAGAUCAACCCGAGGUACUGCAGGCCUCGGAUGGUCUAAGAAAUUGGGAGCAGUUUUUUCCCCAACUAAUCCUCCAACCGUUGAUAUAAAAGUAGCAGAUGAGUAUCCUAUGAUACAAGUAGCUAAUCCAAACAGGGAUGAAGGCCAACCACCAACAAUCCUUGUUUAUAGAACUUGGAACAUGAAUGAUGUUAAAAAAGCCUUAGAGGGCAUAACUCCAUACAAAGAAGAUGUCACGCAAUUUGUAAUUGACAUGGAAAAUGUGCGAAAAUCCUAUCAUCUAAAUGGACAAGAAGUCCAACAAAUCUGGAUGUGUGCUCUGGGACCAGAUUGGCAUAACGUUAGAGGAGAUUGGAAUCCUCUGAACACAGCAGGUGAUGCUCCUCUUCCAUGGGACAGCCAACAAAUGGCAGUAAGAGUAAACGGUCUGGCAACCAGAGCCACAGCUAGGUUUAAACAAAAAGCAAAUUACACUGAAAUAGGCAGAGCAAGACAAAAAGAUGAUGAAACUUUUGAUGACUAUAGACACCGCAUGACUACAGUGUUUAAAAUCCAUUCGGGACUAAUUGACGACAAUAAUGACCAAGGAGCUUACAGACAACAGUUGAAAAAUGCUUUACAUGCGGGCUCAAAAGACGCAAUCAGAAUCUGGGUGCAGAGGCACUACAUUGGACUGUCUACUGGUACCCUUGAUGAGUACAUUAAUCAUGCUUUGCACGCAGAAAAAGUUGCUAAAGAAAAAAAGAAAAAGACAGUAGGAACGUUUUUUGGUGAGGAAGAGACUGAAGAAGUGUUUUACCAUGACCAGAAUAGAGAGAGGGGGAGAAACAAUAGAGGGCGUAGAUUUCAUAGAAAAGGACAGAGAGGAGGCAGAGGAAAGAUGGACACUUUGCUGUAGAUUGUCCAGAGAAUAAACAACAAGCAUGACUAGAAGCUAAUGCUACUCAGACACCAAGAUUAGAUGACGUCAGUGAUCAUGAUGAAGUUCUAAUAAACUACCAGGACUUGCUUGCAGUACAUUUUGAGAAACCGAUGGUGACUUUAUGUGUAAAUGGAAAACCAAUUGAUUUUCUUUGUGACACAGGAGCAUGCAGAACAACUUGUAAGGAAAGUUUCCCUAGGGCUAAAUCUAGUAAUAGCAGUAUUGCAGUACGAGCAGCAGAUGGCAAAUUGACUCAUGUGGAAGAAUCUGAGCCAGUCUGGUUGAGGGAUCCGCAGGGACAGUCAUGUCAGAUAUCUGUCUUGAUGUUCCCAGAGUGUCCAGUAAAUCUGUUGGGACGAGAUGCUUUGUUUUUGUUGGGAUUAGCUCUUGUUCCUACAUCACAGGGAAGGAUAGAGGUAAAGAGAAAAGCAGAACUAACCCAGGAAGACAUCUUUGUCUUAAAAGGUUCAGGGCUACCUUAUUACUACUAUUCUUUAGAUGUCCCAAAUA